AAAGUGGGAGGUGAAGCGACCCGAGUAGCACUCUUACUGUACUCCGUGUAGAUCACUGUGAGCGGAUGGAUCCGGGCUGUGGCGCUCUGACCGCCUCUUCCCUGGAUUAUCUGGAUGCCAUUGAUACUGGACCACAUCUCCCUCGUUAUCGUACUGCUCACAUCAGAUACUCUCGGGGCACCUCGUGAGUGGGGCGGAUAGAAAACGCACGGGGAAACGGGUUGUAAAUCUGGGCUGGUGCAGCUAGAGCCGGUGUGGCUAGAGCCGGUGCGGCGGGGAUGGAGCGCUGGAAGGGCAGAGUGGCCCUGGUCACCGGUGCCUCUGUCGGGAUCGGAGCGGCGAUCGCUCGGGCGCUGGUCCAGCAAGGCAUGAGAGUGGUGGGCUGCGCCAGGAAUGUCGACAAAAUAGAGAAGCUGGCAGCUGAAUGUCAGAGUGCCGGCUACAGUGGCACGUUGAUCCCGUAUAAAUGUGACCUGUCCAAUGAAGACGAAAUCCUGUCGAUGUUUUCUGCCAUAAAGACCCAGCACAAAGGAGUGGAUGUGUGCAUCAACAACGCCGGCGUGGCUCAUAACGAGCCCCUCCUGACAGGACAGACAGCGGGCUGGAGAAACAUGAUCGAUGUGAAUGUCAUGGCCCUGUCGAUCUGCACUCGUGAGGCGUACAAAUCAAUGAAGGAGAGAAAUGUGGAUGAUGGUCACAUUAUAAAUAUAAACAGUAUGGGAGGACACAGAGUCGUGCCAAGUGCUGAUGAGCAUUUCUACUGUGCCACUAAAUACGCCGUGACCGCUCUCAGCGAGGGCCUCCGACAAGAGCUCCGAGAAGCCAACAGCCACAUCAGAGUAACAUGUAUUUCUCCUGGAAUAGUAGAAACAGAGUUUGCUUUUCGGCACCUGAACAGUGACCCAGAGAAAGCAGCAGCUGUGUAUGCAAGUAUAAAAUGUUUAAAACCAGAAGACAUAGCCAGCGCAGUAACCUAUGUUCUCAGUGCCCCUCCUCAUGUGCAGAUUGGAGAUGUGCAGAUGAGGCCGGUGGAGCAGGUGUCUUAGCAAAGAAGCAGAGAGCACCAGAGUACCACAGGAGGAGCCGGCACACCCACUGUAAAUCCUUGGCGACCUCUGCUGGCGAGUGGGGGUAAUGUAACAAGUUAACUACAGCUGUGACAACGGAGGGACAAAGUACAAAGUGUGCUGAAGUCUUAAAGAGACUGUGCAGGGAAUUGUCCUGAAGGGCUUGGACAUUUGAAACCACUACAACUCUACUACUGAAUGCCGCAAACUUCUAUUGUGGAUCCAUUAGCCCAGCAAUGACCUGAGCUAACUCCUGUCUACACUAGAAAUGCUUAAAGGUACACUAUGUAACUUUUCUGGUGGGAUGACCCUCACCUGCUUGUCUUUAUGGAGAUGUCAUUUCUUUGCCUAGAAUGUUCCACAGUAUGGCAUUACUUAUCUAGCUUACAUUUAUUCAAUCACAUGCAAUUUUUAUUUCUCAAAAAUGCCUUGAAAAACAUGCAUUCUUACUGUGAACAGGGUCACCUCUUCAUAGAUCUGUAACUUGGCUUGUUGGCCUCCAGCUCAUGGCGAAUAAAUAACAUCUAUGGAGACAAGCAGGUAGCGGACCCUCCACCAGAAAAGUUACGUCAUUUACCUUUUAAGAGAGCUGCUGUGUACCAUGUGGUCAUCUCCUUUACAUGACCAUCAUUAUAGAGGGAAGAGUAUGCCAUUAAUUGCACAUGUUCUACCUUUUUAUUUUGGUGUUGUUUUUUUUCUAGGUCACAUUGCAUAUCUUUUCCUAUUCAAACAGAUGAGUAAUUGCUGUUUCUAAAAUGAUUUGUUUAAAACACUGGAUGUCCUACACCAAAAACACUAACACUAGCUGUAAUGUUUUCACACCUUUCUGCAACCUUUUAUUUACCGUAUGUCUUAACACUGAAUGACCCAAUGAUAUGAAAUAAUAGAUAUAUUAAUCCAUUUUGUACAGAUUUGAGAAAUUAGGACCUUAUUAAUCAGUUUAUGUGAUUCAGUCUUGCACCUUGAAUUAAAGAAGGUUAUGAAAAGAGAGAUGAUUUGUGUCCUAAGAUUGUGGCGAAAAUUCUUGGUAAAUGAAUUAAAAGUAUUGUCCAGAAGUACUGUUAUUAACUGGAUGCUUUCUGCUUCUGUGUUACUGUAGUCACUGAAGAAAAGCAAUGCACGUUAUGGACUUUGUGACCAGCUUUAGACCUGAACAUAAGAGCUGCAUGAUUCAUGUAUUCUUGUUAACCAUCUACAUAUUAUCUAUUUCGGGAAUGUCAUAUGGCCUCUAAUAAAGGAGUCACUAAAUGC